UUACUUUUCUCAGAAAUUUUAACUAACAAAACGCAACCAAAUUUCAAUUACCUUCUCACGCUGUUAGUGUUGACAGCUGAAUGGGAACAAUACUAGAACAAAAGAACUGCAAAAACAUUAUAAACAUCGAGAUUCCAGUAAUGUAGGAGUGUUUAUUCCUGUUUCUUUUGACGAAUCCUGAGGUGGGUGUCGUUAAAGAAGGGGUUUUUUUCCAUCUGGGUUUGGUUGUGUGUGUGUGUUUUGUUGAGAUUGGUUUUUGUAAUGGGGAAGGAUGAUAAGUACGCUGAAGAGUUGGAAGUGGCGGUGAGAGUUGUGCACAUGGCGUGUUCACUGUGCCAAAGAGUGCAACAGAAGCUGGUUUCUGAUAAUGGUGGCGGUGGUCAUGUUAAGUCUAAGGAUGAUGAUUCUCCAGUUACUGUUGCAGAUUGGAGCGUCCAGGCAACUGUUAGCUUGAUACUUUCAGAAACCUUUGGGUCUGAAAAUGUGUCUAUUGUUGCUGAAGAAGAUGUCCAAACCCUCUCCAAGGCUGAUUCAGAAGGUUUGCUGGCUGCUGUUGUGAAGGCUGUAAAUGAAUGCUUAGCUGAAGCACCGAAAUAUGGUCUUCGGACUCCUGAUGGAGCCCUUGGGACUUCACAGAUUCUUGAAGCCAUAAGCAGAUGCAAUUCAUCUGGUGGUCCAACAGGAAGACAUUGGGUGCUUGACCCUGUUGAUGGAACAUUGGGUUUUGUUCGUGGAGAUCAAUAUGCUAUUGCUCUAGCCUUGAUUGAGGAUGGUAAAGUUGUACUUGGAGUUCUUGGUUGUCCUAAUUACCCCCUGAAGAAGGAGUUGCUAAAUUAUCAUCAUAAGGACAACCAAACUAUUUCAACACAGUCUCUAUCAACAUCUGAGGCACGAGAAAAAGGAUGUGUGAUGUAUGCCAGGAAAGGUGCUGGUGAGGCUUGGAUGCAGCCUUUAAUCCAUGGAAACAAAAAGCUUGAGUGGCCGAAUUCUGCUAGACAGAUCAGGGUUUCUCCUUGUGUUGAUCCAGCUCUAGCAACAGUUUGUGAACCAGUGGAGAGGGCAAAUACAGACCAGUCCUUUACAGCAGGAGUUGCUCAGACCAUGGGGCUUAGAACUGAACCUAUGCGUGUCCAUAGUAUGGUCAAAUAUGCAGCCAUAGCGUGUGGAGAUGUUGAGAUUUUUAUGAAGUUUGCAAGGUCAAGGUACAAAGAGAAAAUAUGGGAUCAUGCUGCUGCCGUUAACAUCAUAGAAGAGGCUGGUGGUGUAGUAACUGAUGCAGGGGGGUGUUCCCUAGAUUUCUCUCAGGGGUUGUAUUUAGAAGGUCUUGAUCGAGGCAUUGUUGCUUGUUGUGGUGCCAGACUUCAUGAGAAAAUAAUUGGUGCUGUUUAUGCUAGUUGGGAAGCUUCUAAUCUAUGAAACUUUUUGUAUCAUGCUCGUACACUGAUGUGGUAACAUUUUGGUACCUUUGGCAAGGGGAACCAAAUUUUCUUGAAUAGGUAUCAGACUAAGGUCAUACACACGAUUUCAGCAUUGAUCUGUAUAAUUUUGAAGGGGUGCUGGGUUAAAUUAA